GCAGCGACGCCAGGCCGCUGGGGCUGUGCCACGUGGCCGCGAGACGAGACCAGACGAGACGAGACGAGGCUGCUGGACGCUAUCCAAACAGAAAGCAGCUGCAGCAGCGAGCCUGGCCGGAAGCGGUCGCUAGGAAGCGACGCGCAGCCGGAAGUGGUGCGCAGGCCGCAGCCUGGAGGGGCAGGGCGUCAGCAAGGCGACCUUCCCAACAUGGCGCCCAAUCGGCGCGCGUGAAGGCGGAUCUCGCAAAUCGCUGAGGCCAAUGGCGGUCCGCAAGAGGCGGUGGGGCGGGGAGGACGGCCGCGGCUCGCCCAACCCGAAGCUCCGGAGGUGGCUGGGGAGUGAAUUUUCUGGAAGGCGACUUUAAAGGCGCCUUGCGGGAGCGAAGGGCGUUUCGGUGCCGCGCCAGCCAGAGAGGGCGCAUUUGGUGGCAGGAAGCGAGCUGCGUCGAGGUCGUGGCGGAACCAGACGGUGACCUGCUCAGGAUGAACCACAAGAGCAAGAAGCGCAUCCGCGAGGCCAAGCGGAGUGCGCGGCCCGAGCUCAAGGACUCGCUCGACUGGACCCGGCACAACUACUACGAGAGCUUCCCGCUGAGCCCGGCGGCCGUGCCGGAUAACGUGGAGAGGGUUGAUGCUUCACAGCUGUCAGUGGAGGAAUUUGUGGAGCGGUACGAAAGGCCUUACAAGCCCGUGGUUCUGCUGAAUGCCCAGGAGGGCUGGUCCGCGCAGGAGAAAUGGACUCUGGAGCGCCUCAAAAGGAAAUACCGGAACCAGAAAUUCAAGUGUGGCGAGGAUAAUGACGGCUAUUCGGUGAAGAUGAAGAUGAAAUACUACAUCGAGUACAUGGAGAGCACCCGUGAUGACAGUCCCCUUUACAUCUUUGACAGCAGCUAUGGUGAACACCCCAAAAGAAGGAAACUUUUAGAGGACUACAAGGUGCCCAAGUUUUUCACGGAUGACCUUUUCCAGUAUGCAGGGGAGAAGCGCAGGCCCCCUUACAGGUGGUUUGUGAUGGGUCCACCACGUUCCGGAACAGGGAUUCACAUUGACCCUCUGGGAACCAGUGCCUGGAAUGCCUUAGUUCAGGGCCACAAGCGUUGGUGCCUAUUCCCGACCAGCACCCCACGAGAGCUCAUCAAGGUGACCCGCGAAGAAGGAGGGAACCAGCAAGAUGAGGCCAUUACCUGGUUUAACGUCAUUUAUCCUCGGACACAGCUUCCGACCUGGCCACCUGAGUUCAAACCCCUGGAGAUAUUACAGAAACCAGGAGAGACCGUCUUUGUACCAGGGGGCUGGUGGCAUGUUGUCCUCAAUCUUGACACCACCAUCGCCAUCACCCAGAACUUUGCCAGUAGCACCAACUUCCCUGUUGUGUGGCACAAGACGAUACAGCACGGGCAGCGGCAGUUCAAGCCACCCCCAGCCACCCCGUGCCACUGUGUCCCAACCCUGACCUGGAGGGACCAGCUCUCGGGGAUCUUGAAGCAGGAGCACCCUGAGCUGGCAGUCCUGGCGGACGCUGUUGACCUCCAGGAGUCCACAGGCAUCGCUUCUGACAGUUCCAGUGACUCUUCCAGCUCCUCCAGCUCCAGCUCCUCCGACACGGACUCAGAGUGUGAGUCUGGGUCUGAAGGUGAUGGGACAACACACCGGAGGAAGAAGAGGAGAGCAUGCAACAUGGUGGGAAAUGGGGACACUACCUCACAGGAUGACUGUGUGAGCAAAGAACGAAGCUCCUCCAGGUGACCACAUGUGGCAGUUGUCUGUGCAAGGAUGUGCUCGAAGCCAUGGGCAAGGCCCAACCUGGGGAGGGGCAGCCCAUCGGAAUCUGCAGAACCAGGGAGGGUGACACCGGAGAACGAGGACUCUCCAAAUGGGAAUUGAUAGCAUUUGGUACAGUGGCUCUUUCUCCCCGUCAUGUCUUUUAGCCUAAGGGCAAAGGUGUGUGGGUGGCGCCAAGGAAGCCCUUUCCCUAUUUAAUAAAAGCAAUCCAUUUUACAUCUUG